AUGCCUUUCCUCCUUAAUUACACCAAUCCUGCCACCAAUUCCCUCUCAGCCUGCUACAAAAGCGUCCAAGACCUGAGCGAUCACUUCUCCGACCAUGAUGACGCCGUCGGUACGCCGGGCGAUCGGUUGGACGAUUCUGUAGACGAAGGCACAGUGGACGAUGUAUGGCCUGGCGAAUCGACCCCGGUUUAUGGGAUCUCAUCUUUGCUUGGAAAUUCCGAGGAGCAGUGGUGGAACGAAAUCAUUUUAGCUCGAAACUCGCUUCAUCACGCUGAUGCGUUGGACCACAACCACCUCCAAGCAAGGAUGGCGCAGGUCGUGCUCGAUCUCACAGCUAUACAUCGGUCGCAAUGCCGAAAACUUCCAGGUGCGCUCUUCUUCGAUGAAGAGACCUUUAAGUCUCUUUUCACCCACGACAACAUGGUAGAGUUUACAGAGCUCUACUUUGAUCGUUGGAGUCCUCAUUGCCCGAUUUUGCAUCGCCCGACCUUCGUGUUGACCAACGGUCACCCCCCGCUAUUACUAGCCGUCUUUCUGAUCGGAGAGGCAUACUCUUCCGAGAUUUACCCUUCCCUGGCUCAAGCUUACUAUGAUAUUGCCGAAGAAUACGCUUUCAAUCACCCUCAAUUCAGAGAACUUUUGCGGGACGAGCCACCUUCCUCAUUAGCCUCUUCCUCGUCACUGGAGCCGCUCCAAGCCGCAUACUUAAUGGUCCUCCUGCAAAUGUGUGGCAACAAUGUUAUAUCCCGACGGCGAGUGAGGAAUGCACGAUACAAUGAGGUAAUCCAGGCGGCUCGCAGAUUGAAACUUUUCGACAGUAAGAAUGAAUAUCUGGAUCGUGAACAAAGAGAUUGUAUUGAUUUUGACUGGCACGGAUUUGUGGCAAAGGAGUCGAGAAUACGGCUCGCCUACCUCAUAUUUGGUAUCGAAUGCAAUUUUGCCAUGUUUCACGAGCAUUAUCCGAGACUGGCCAUCUCAGAAAUGGCAGGGAACCCGAUGUGCAGUGAAAGGUGCUUUUCUGCCACCACGAGUGCUGCAUGCGAGCAAUACGCCAAGCAAGAAAUGAGGUUCAGUACGCAGGCUAUCUCAACAAAUUCAUCCCAACUCCUGGAAGGCCGAGAGGGCCUUGCAGGACAGUCGAACCUAGCCGAUCUCUCCCCCAUGAAUUUCUUCUUUGUUCUCUGCGGUCUUCAUUGUGCCAUUCAUGCCUCACGUGCGAAUGGUACAGGAAAGAUUAUGUAUCCCGCAUUUAUGCGAGCCCUGGACCGUUGGAUGAGAAUAUGGGAAUUGCAAAUGAGCAAUCUGCCGGUCGAAGAAUGGAAGAAGCUAGGAUUCAUGAGGGAUGCUGGUCCGGAAUUCUGCCAGCUUGCAUGCAUCUUCGUGGAAGCCGAGGCUCGUGGCCUAUUCAAUACUGAGAAGCUGCGGAGCAUGGAUACGGAGAAUAUGGAGAUUGUCAGUUAUCUGUUACAGGCGUUCUCUCAAACCGCGUGA